AUGUUCGCCCGAGCAGCCCUGCUUAUGGCCCUUGGCCUCAAGCCAGCAGCGGGUGACUGCCCAUCGUGGGGAAAGCCCUUUCCAAGCAACUUAGCAGGGUCGGGCAAGAUCAGCUUCGCUAGCUUGUACGACGUGACCUACUACGACCAGUACAAGGUGGUCGAGUACUCUGAUACGCUGUCGCUCUAUGCUUCCAGCCAUAGGGAAGCAUCGCUGCAGGGCACGAGAAUCCCCCCCAUGGUUCUCUACCAGUGUGGCACCACGAAGCCUACCACAAGCAUGCCUGGCGUACCCUCGAAUGCCCGCUUCUUCGAGAUUCCGGUGAAGAACGUAACCGUCGGGUGGGGUGGCCCUCUUGUCUUCCUUGAAUUGCUGGGGGUGUCGCAGUCGAUCGACCUGGUGGACAUACGCACAAUCUCGUCCCCCUGCAUGCAGCUGUUGGAGGUCUGCUAUCCGGAAACCCACAUCCCAACGAGCCUGCCGGAUUGGUCGGCCAACCCCGAGUGGAUGACCAGGGCAAGCCGCACGGACGUUGUGUUCACAGACAGCUGGGGUUCAGGUUGGGGCGGCGACGCCGCAAAGGACGUCCCCUUCGAGAUCUCCUUCGACCCCGGAAGCCUCAGCCGUGCCGAGUGGAUCAAGUUCAUGGCGCUCUUCUACAACGAGGAAGCACAGGCUGAUCACAUCUUCGAGCAGAUCAAGGCGGACUACAAUGCUCUCAAAGCCAUCGGGGACCAGCUCCGCACCGACGCCAGCACCGAGUACAACGGAGCGCAGCCGAAGGUGAUGUUCGUGGGCCAGCGGGCAGGCUCUAAUGCCGUCACUAACGCGGUCUACAAGACUCAGCUCAUCACAGACGCAGGUGCCCAAGUGGUCCCAUUGCCGACAGUGGCCCCCGCCGGGUGCAGCUUCACCGAUAACACAGAUGGUGCGAGGAUGAUGAGUUGUGAAAUCCCGGCUGGUGACGCAGCCUUCACAGCCGUCCUUGCCGAAGCGGAUUCUUCCCUGUGGCCCGACUACGACCCAGCAAAGUACCGGGGUUUCGGCACGAUCUACAACGUCACCGCCGAUCAGGUUAGUGAUGCAUUCGGGGAUGGGAGCUCUGUCGGCUCGAGUUGGUUUGACAUCCAGCAGUCAGAGCCGCAGCAAACUCUGGCGGGCCUGAUGGAGGCGAUCUGGGACAGGGACUUCACCAGCACCUGUGGGCAGAAGUACUUGUGGCGGGUUUCCAACCUCAACGCCCAGAGUGUGGUCGGUCACCAAAACUGCCCCCUCUACAGCGCCCAGGGCCAGAACGACUGCCAGUCUCUGCACGACCGCCUCCACACACCGCCUAUGUGCAGCGCGGGGAAUGUGUUCCAAACUAUGACGACGACGACAAUUCAAUCGCAGGAGGCGAGUGCCGCGUGCGGAGUGGGAGGUGCGCUUGCUUUGGCUGCUUUGGUGUUUGAUGCCGACUUUGACUACGACCAGGACCUGGUUGUUGAUGUUUGGUUGGUUUAUGGAGUGGACAUGACCGGACACGGGCGCAAUGCCGUCUGA